ACAAUGACAGGCCUAAGCUUACAGCCCAAAAUGAUGAGACAUUUUAUGACAAUUUGUGUGUUUUGCAAACUUUACAUGGUGCAGACAGAGAUUCCUCAGCAGUCUGGACCCUUAACCAGAGCUCACAUUGAUGAAAAUGUUACCCUGGAGUGCUCCUUCUCAGCGCAUCUUAAAUCAAAUCGCUUUUACUGGUUCAAACAGACAGUAGGACACAGACCCUCUAUUGUGGUACAGUCACAAGCGCAUGGUUCCACAGCAUACUCUCAAGGUUUUGAAAAUGGACGUUUCAAACUUGACAAAGGAGGGUUACGCUUCCAUCUGAUCAUUGAAAAUGCUAGUCGCUCAGAUGAGGGAAUGUACUUCUGUGGAAUGAAAUUAUUAUAUGACAUCAUAUUUGGAAAUGGAACAUUUUUGUCAAUUGAAGGUGAGCAGUGGUCUGCUACUGAAAGAGUGGUCCAAGCCCCAAUACCAGACCCAGUUUAUCAAGGAGAUUCAGUGACUCUGCAGUGCACAGUAAGGAUGGAGAAACGAACAGAGGAGUACAGAGUGCUCUGGUACAGAAGAUCUGCAGGAGAAUCCCAGCCAGGUCUUAUUUACUCUCCCACAAACAGGAGCCGCGAGUGUGAGGAUCACUGUGUCUACAGGCUUCCCAAGAGCAAUCUCACUCUCUCUGACAGUGGAGUCUAUUACUGUGUUGUGGAUAUAUGUGGUCAUGUCAUUUUUGGAAAUGGAACAGUACUGGAAAUUAGAUCCUUGGCAUUAUUUAAUACCGUGGUGAGUUUGGGAGCUAUACUGGGCUUAUGCAUUUGUCUUGGACUGUAUCUGGUGUGGCAAAACACAAGAGAGUGUAAGCACUGCAAAGGGAAAUGUGCUCAAGCAGCUGAACCAGCUGAAUCUCCUUUGAACCAAUUUGAAACACAGGGUGGGGGUGCUGACACUACAGUGGUUAAUUAUACAGCUCUUCAUUUGUCAGAGAGGAAACCCAAAGCAGGAAGAAAGAGAGAGACAUUGACACAUGGUGGUGUGUAUUCUGAUGUGCGGUAACAUGAACAACAGGCCUUCUAAUAGAACCUAGCCUAGUG